AUGAACACUGAUUUGGAUGAGGAAACUCCAUUCAGUUCUUCUCCACCAGCUACUAGUAUUACUACUAAACCCCACUCUUUUCAUUUCGAUUCAUCACUUCCUUUACCCAAAUCAUCUUCUUCUUUCUUAAACCAUUCAUCCGCAAGACGAAUGAGCAGGAGUAUUUAUAUUGUUUUAAUCAAAGCUAAGAUCAACCUCUUGUUACCUUUUGGCCCCUUGGCUAUCUUCCUACAUUAUUUCACCGCUAAACAUGUUUGGGUUUUCUUCUUCGCUUUGUUGGGUAUUGCCCCUUUGGCCGAACGUCUCGGUUAUGCUACUGAACAACUUGCCUUCUACACCGGAUCAACAGUUGGGGGUUUGCUCAAUGCUACAUUUGGAAAUGCCACUGAAAUGAUUAUAUCUAUUUACGCUUUGAAAAGCGAUAUGAUUAGGGUUGUUCAGCAAUCUUUACUUGGUUCUAUCCUCUCUAAUAUGCUUCUAGUUCUUGGUUGUGCAUUCUUUACUGGUGGGAUUGUCCACUACCAAAAACUUCAGCUUUUCAAUAAGGCUGCUGCUGUUGUCAAUUCCGGCUUAUUGUUGAUGGCUGUAAUGGGAAUACUCUUUCCUGCCGUGCUUCAUUUUACUCACUCUGAGGUUCAUCUUGGCAAGUCCGUCUUAUCAUUAUCCAGAUUUAGCAGCUGCAUCAUGCUACUCGCCUAUGCAAGCUACCUUUUCUUUCAACUUAGAAGUCAACACAAUUUUUAUACUCCAGUUGACGAGGAAGUAGAUACAAGCGAAAACACUGACGAGGAGGAAGAACUUGAGUUAACAAAGUGGGAAGCGAUAAUCUGGCUUGCUAUUUUGACAGUAUGGGUAUCAGUAUUGUCUGGAUACCUUGUGGAUGCCAUAGAGGGAGCAUCUGAAUCCUUGAAUAUGUCAGUGGCUUUUAUUAGCGUCAUCUUGCUUCCAAUAGUAGGAAAUGCUGCAGAGCAUGCAAGUGCUAUCAUGUUUGCCGUAAAGGACAAGCUAGAUAUCACAAUUGGAGUUGCUGUUGGAUCGUCAACCCAAAUAUCAAUGUUUGUGAUCCCUUUCUGUGUGGUUGUUGGAUGGUGCAUGGGAAAAGAAAUGGACUUGAAUUUUCAACUCUUUGAGACUGCCACACUUUUUAUCACUGUGCUGGUAGUUGCAUUUAUGAUGCAGGAAGGGACCUCAAACUAUUUUAAAGGCUUGAUGCUUAUUCUAUGCUAUCUUAUAGUUGCUGCCAGUUUUUUUGUACACGUCGACCCUAAAAGUGAUGAUGACUAA